AUGGGACGACCCAAUGGUGUUAGCGGCAGCGCCGGGGCGCUGGCCUUCGACCUUUAUGCGUGCGAGGCUGCCCUCGAGAGGAGAGGGAUCAAAUCACCUCUUGGCGAAGCCCUUACCGCUCUUGGCCGCCGCGAGGCGAGUGGUGGCGUUGUUCCGUCGACCAGCCAGCCCUUCAAGGUUGCCUUCUGUCUCACCGGCAAGUCGAGACUUGGCUUCGGAUGUGGUCAUCGAACCUCAUGGGCUGGCGUCAGCCAGACUCUGCACUGCACGUGUGAGCUCUCCCGGCCUGCUUUCUCCUUCCAGGUCGAUCCCGCCGCCUCUUAUCUCCUGCUUCUCUCCCUCCUGAUCUGCUUUCUCUCAUCUCUACACAUAUAG